AUGGCUCCCCCCACCGCAACAGAAACCACUAGCUCAAUCAGCAUGCAAGCGCCGCAAUCCUCGCAGACAUCCGGCGCCGAAAAGGCCAAGGUCAAGAUGCAGAUGCCGACCAUGCCCAAGUUCGAGGAUAAGAUGGCCGAGCGCGAAUACCUCAAGGGCCGACUGGCUGCCGCGUUUCGCAUUUUUGGCAAGUACGGCUACGAUGAGGGUGUGGCGGGCCACAUCACACUCCGCGAUCCAGUAGACCCAUCCACCUUCUGGGUAAACCCCUUCGGCACAGCCUUCUCCCUCAUGAAGGCAUCCGACCUUAUCCAAGUCGACCACGCCGGCACCGUCAUCGACGGCGGCCCAAACCGGAUGCUCAACGCAGCCGCAUUCAUGAUCCACUCCGCCAUCCACGCCGCGCGCCCCGACGUGAUCUGCGCCGCGCAUAGUCACAGUCUGCACGGACGGGCAUAUUGUUCGCUUGGCCGACCGCUUGAUAUAAUCUCACAGGAUUCCUGCGCCUUCUACGAUGACCAUGUGGUAUACAAACAAUUCAACGGCGUCGUCCUAGCCGAAGAAGAAGGCCAUAAUAUCGCCCAGGCACUAGGUGCGAAGAAAGCUGCGCUGUUGCAGAAUCACGGCCUCUUGACCGUUGGGCAGACAGUGGAGGAGACCGUGUUCUGGUUCGUUAGUUUGGAGAAGUGCUGCUAUGCGCAGCUUCUUGCUGACGCGGCGGCGACCGGCCGUGGCGGGGAGACGGUUAAGAUUGAUGACGCGGAUGCUGCGUUUACUUAUAAGACGGUUGGGACGCCGAAGGCGGGUUGGUUUAGUGCGAAGCCGAUGUUUGACGUUGUUCAUCAGGAGACGAAGGGGGAAUAUCUCCAAUGA